AUGGCCAAAAAAUUACGACUCGAGACUUUGCACUCGACGUUUAUCCUUCUUUUCCUAUUAAUCAUCAUCAUCAACACAAUCACCAGUCCAACAAAAGUAACCGCCUCCGAGAUAUUCCGCUUAAAUAAACGGGCUUUGCCUACUAUUAUUACACAACCUGCUCAAGCCACGCCUCCAAAUCCUCCUCCAACCUCAUCCACUGAUGCAAAAGAUACUAGUACUCAACAAACAACGCCACCUACUUCCGCUCCUGCUCCACAAUCGUCAAAUUCACAGCCAAACACUUCUAAAAAUCCUCAGCCGACUUCAAGUAAUAGUGGUAAUGAGCCAUCUCCGUCAUCUGCAGGUCAAACACCAGCACAGUCACCUACAGCCCCUCCAAAAGCUUCUACAAUAGUAACGGUUUCAACGAGCGGGAACGCUAUCAUCACUAUCACAUCAACAUCCUAUUCAUAUGAUGCAGUUCCGACAAAUUCCCCCACAAGUUCCGGUUCUAAUUCAGCUUCAAGUGGAGGAUCAAGUGAUUCGAGUGGUUUGGUUACCGCUGGUAUUGUGGUAGGGUCAAUAGUUGUGGCUGCUGCAAUCGGUAUUUGGAUAUUCCGAAAAUGGAAAUUAUCCCCAUCUCGUAAUUUUAAGGAAAAGAUACAGCCCGUCAAUUUUGCUCCAAAUGUACGAGAUCACAACUCGGAUACAGUUUUCCUGCGUGAAUUGAACGAGCCAUAA